AAGAAACAAAGUCACCUACAUCUUGGAUGCCCUGGGGGUGUUAAAGCAGCAUGUCAAGGUCAGAUUUCCCUCCGGGUUACGAUGAUUCGCGGCUGCUCUCUAACCCUCAGCCUGGAGGAGGUUACCCUGCUUCUGUCCCCCCAUAUGGCUUCAACGCGUACGGGGGACAGCCACCUUACCCACAGCCCAAUGAUCCAUACCGAGGCCAGCCAGUGGGAUACCCCCCGCCAAGUUUACCUGUCAUCCCCGUCAUUCCUCCUGGUUUAGGUGAUAAUGAAGGAUUUACCACAACAGGAGGAUUUGACGAUAUUAGUGUCCGUCACACUUUUAUACGAAAAGUUUAUCUGAUCCUCGGUGCGCAGCUUCUGGUCACAGCUACCAUCGUGGCUAUUUUCACAUUUGUGGAACCUGUAGGAGUGUUUGUGAGGAAAAAUCCAGCCAUUUACUGGGUUUCAUAUGGUGUCUAUUUAGUCACUCACUUGGUAUUGGUUUGCUGUAAGGGACCCAGGAGGCGUUUCCCAUGGAACCUGAUCCUGUUGGCCAUUUUUACACUGGCCUUAUCGUUCAUGACUGGAAAUAUAGCAAGCUAUUAUAGCACUAAGGCGGUUUUCCUGGCCCUGGGCAUCACUGUUCUUGUGUCUGUUGCGGUGACAGUGUUCUGCUUCCAAACUAAGGUGGAUUUCACUAAAUGUUCAGGUUUUUUCUGUGUCCUCGGAAUCGUAGUGUUUGUGACUGGCAUCAUCACGGCUAUCGUGCUGUCAUUCAAAUACGUAAGCAUGACUUUGCAUCUUGUAUUUGCUCAGAAAUUGUCAUUUGAUCAUUUACAAUUUCCAUACUGA